AUGGCGGACGCCGUCUUCAUGCCUUCUCCGGCCCCCUUCGCCUUCAGGCUGGACGCCGCUCCCCGGGGAGCACGCGGUACCUCUCGGCCUCCCUCCUCGGCCCCGUCUGCUCUGCCAGGCUGCAGGCCCGUGCUUGCGACGCGCGGGCCAUCGCCGCCUCCUCCUACAUCCGCGACCACCCCUACAUCCGCGACCACCCCUACAUCCGUGACCACCCCGGCUGCUCUCCAGGCCUGCCUCUCUGACCUCUCUCUACAGGUUUUGGUGACACCUCCGACCACGCUCCCGGCGCCCCCUGCCAUGCCUAUCAUGGCCAUCCCCUUCACCGACCUUGAUGACUGCCCCAAGCCGGAUUCAGCACCCGCUGCGGUGCAAAUGCUGUCGGUGGAGGCCAUUACUGCUCCUGCUCCUACCCCGCUUGUGCCGGGUACCAUCGCUGCUCCAUCCUUGGCCGUUGCUACCGCUGCCACGACUACCGACCCUGCUUCUCCAGCAUUGGGUGGGUCUGGUGGUCCCGUAGUGACUGCAAGUGAUGGUCCCGCAACGACUGCACGGCCCUCCCUAGACGGCUUCGUCGCCUCCAUUUGCCGGGAACUGCCGCCGCCGAUCCUUAGCACGCCACGCCCGGCUUCCCCACCGUCGGAACCUGCUGCUACGCCUGUGGCCCCCGCCAUCCGACGUAGCGCUCGCCUCACCAGGCGCCCUGCUACUGGCCUCUCCUCAGAGUUGAUGGCCCAGGCGCUGGUGGCCCACCGGCUCAGCUCCCUCCCGCCUUCUAUGCCCUUCGAUGAUGCCGCCAGGGAAGCUUACCUGGCUCUGUUUGCCGGGCCACUCUCCGAUCAGGCCAUCACGGCCAUUGAGGCUCUGGUCAAGGAAGCCAAGAAGACGAAGAGACUCCCCAAGAUGCUGGGCACCGGGAGUGGUACCGGCCGCGGAGUUGGACGCGGCGCUGGAACGGGCCGUGGCCUCGUCGCCGCCUAG